AUGCUCGCGGUGUCGCCUUGGUUUGAAGCCGCUUUUCACACUCGAUCUUUUCUCGUUGAGGCUGAUGGCUGCUGCUGCUGUGGCCCAGAGCAUGCAUUUAUGGAUGACCAGCUAAACUCGCUCAUCUUAACAGCAAAACUUAUUCUGUCCACUCUGUUUCCGCUCUUUUUUCACACCAGCCUUUCCUCUUUGGCGGCCAAGAAAAUGAGUAACCCACCGCAUGUGGAGACCAAUGGUCGGACCAAGAAUGACCGUAAAAGUUAUCAGGCCUUCUUGCUGUCUGGCAAGCCAAGAGAGGACGUCGCCUCUAGACCAAUUGCCUUGGGCCAUGGCUCUUCCAUUAUAAAGGCAAGAUUGCAAGAUAAAUUAAUUAUUCAUCCUGAAAAUAUACUUAUUUACAGCAAAAAAAGAGAAAUUUCGCAAGUGGUAAGACUGUUAUAUGCCCUCUGUGCAAGGAUAAACGGCUUCAAAUGCGAUAAGCAAACCGACUUUCUGAUUGGUUGUCCAGCAGGGCACAAUCCACAUUCUCCAAUGACAAUGACUAAUCCCCUCUUUGUCGGGCUUAAGAGGCUGGAAACGGUGCUAUAUGAAAAAAUCGAUUACAAUUGUUCUGCUAGCCUGGCUACGGAUAAGAUGCUUGGCGGAGUCAAAUUGGACACAGACCCAAGUGGUUCGGAGGAGCCCGGAAAUGUGAUCCGCCUGCAGAUGUACCGGAAGACCUAA